AAGUUUCAUGUAAGGUUUUAUCUGUUUACAUGUCGUCAGUUAACUGCUGUAAUAAUCGUUGGAUGAUAGCACAAGCAAUUGUAAACAAAGUAACGAAUAAAGUUUUCGUUUACUGUGUUUGAGGCCUACCUGCCGUUCUUGGUACUGGAGGCUACAAGUCGUUUAAUUUGUGCUGAAGAAUGAGUAAUACGGGUAACUCGCAAGACGUGACAGAAAAUGAUGGAGAUAAAACACUUACUGGAUCAGAGAGUGUGCUUUCAACUGGAGAUCCAGAAGAGAAUGUGACAGCAGUUGAAGGCGAAGAAGACAAAUAUGGAGAAAUACUUAUUAUUGAUCCAGAGACAGAGGAACUGGACUUGAAUCAUCAGAGAAUAAGAAAACUUGAGAACUUGGAGCCCCUUACUCAGAUAGAACGACUGUAUUUUCGAUGGAACCUAAUUAAAAAAAUUGAAAAUUUACAUACCUUAGUUACAUUGAAAGAGCUUGAGCUGUAUGAUAACCAGAUCACAGUCAUUGAAAAUUUGGAUACACUUGUCAAUCUGGAGAUUUUGGACUUGUCCUUUAAUAGGAUACGUGAAAUAGGAGGCUUACAAAACUUGCAGAAACUUGAAAAAUUGUUUCUCAGUUCUAAUAAAAUUGCGAAAAUUGAAAAUGUUAACUGCUUAAAGAAAUUAGUUCUUCUCGAACUUGGAGAUAAUAAAUUGCGGAAAAUAGAGAACCUUGAGGGGUUAGAUACCUUACGACAUUUGUACCUUGGGAAGAACAAAAUUACAAAAAUUGAGAACCUGGAGUCACUAAAGCAACUAGAGAUCCUUAGCCUACAGAGUAAUCGUAUUACUAAAAUUGAGAAUUUGGAAGAACUUACAGCUUUGGAUCAGUUGUAUUUGUCAGAGAAUGGUAUCUCUGUGAUGGAGGGUCUUGAGCACAACAAGCAACUUUCAACCUUAGAUGUAGGAAGUAACAAAAUACAACGCAUCAGCAAUACAGAGCACUUGGAAAGGCUCGAAGAGUUUUGGAUGAAUGACAAUCUAGUUGAUGAUUGGUCUAACGUUGAAGUGUUGACACGCAACAGACGAUUGGUCACCGUUUAUUUAGAACGCAAUCCUGUGUCGAAAGACGUCAACUACAGGAGAAAACUUAAAUUAAUGCUUCCCUGGAUUUCGCAGAUUGAUGCCACACUAUGUGUGUCGCCCACACAUGGGGGAAUGUUUUUGGCUGGUGAUCACACACUUGGCUUCAGGUGUUCAUAAGUUAUCUCCUCAUAAGACUGGAACAGUGGACGGGCUGAAGACAGACUGUACAACAGUGUGGUUUGCACAGUUUUAGAAAUUGUAAUUUCAGCAAUUAGCAUUACUUUGUUAAAUUAUUUUCAUAGUGAUGCACAACAUUUAAUGUAGUAUGCAAACAAAAUCACAAUGAGAACCACCUUCAUGAAACAGUAAUGCUGUUGAAAUGUAACUAGAACUUGUAACCACACUGAAGAGGGUACUUUUCUCAUCCUGUGAUGACCUUUGUCACGAUGGAUGUCUCUGGUUGGUUUCCCUCACGUUAUAUCAUGUCCAGAUCAAUGAAAUUCAUGUUGUAAAGAAAUAAAGACAGUGUUAUGGCAAGAAGAACUGGUUACUGUUACUGCCAUUUGUAUUAAGAUUUUAAAAUCCAGAUUUUAAUAAACUGCCUUUGAUCAUA